AUGGCUGUCCCGGCCUGUCCGAAGCUGACCACUGGCCAGGGGUCUUUGGGAGACAAGUCUGCCUUUGUUGUAGAUGAAGUCUCCCCAGUACUCCCCAGAAAGUCUCCCUGGCUCCCCCAAACUGAAGAGAACAGUAGGGUUCCAGGUGCACAGAAGAAAGUAAUGUCAAAACUCACCAAAGCGGAUGACAGCGACCUGUGGCCCUCCCUGAAAGGCAGCCAGAUUUCAGGCUCUGCUGGAACAGGACAGACGAUUUCUCUUUGCUCCGGGUCGGCGCCCCCUGAGGGUCCUGGAGACUGGCUCGCGGAUGUGUGGACUCCACGGUUUGCUGGGAAGGGAGCGGGGUGUCCCGUGCUCCCCUCGGCCCCGCCCGCCUCCUUCUCGGUCCCCUCCCCCGGCCCGGCGUUCCGGCCCCUCCUAAGCGCGCCGAGGCCGGGGUGGGGCGGGGCCGGGCGGGCGCGGCCCGGGCUGAGCCUGCGGGGCGGCUCCCCUCACCCGCCCCCUUCGGGUCCUUCCGAGCUCCGCCCUACACGGCCCAGGGGUGCCAGUCUCGCUGCCGCCGCUACCGCCCGCGCGCUGCACUCGGGAGCGUCCCUGCGCGCACUGGGCGCACCAUGGCCCGCGGGUCCGCGCUGGCGCUGCUGCUGCUCCUCGGCCUGCUCGGCGCUUUGGUGGCCGCCCCGGAUUAUGAUUUUGAUUCAUCUGAUGCCCUCAGUGACAAUGAAGACAAGAAAGCCACACCUACCCCCAAGCCCAGUGCUGGGGAAGACUUCGACUUGUGAUGCUCUUGGUGGUGGAGGACACAAUGGCCCAGCACCACCGAACCCACCCAAACCGAGGCCAAAUCCAAACCCCAACCAGCCUGCUUCCACUGGAAGCUUUUCAGAUGCCGAUCUUGCGGAUGGCGUUCCUGCUGGAGAAGGAACAGGAGGUCGUCAUGGUGGAGGAAGCCAGGGGAACGAAGGGGAACAGGCCGACACCCCAGGAGUGAUCCCCGGGAUCGUGGGGGCCAUCGUGGUCGCCGUGGCAGGAGCCAUCUCCAGCUUCAUUGCUUACCAGAAAAAGAAGCUGUGCUUCAAAGAACAGUAAGGCUCACUCAGCUGGUGCCUCUCCUUCUUGCUUGCCAAUUUGAAACUGUGCUUUUUUUAAAAGCAGAAAAACAAAACUCGGGCUGGCCAGAAACAGAUGCACAAUGGCUGAUGGUUGUGUGAAACCGCUGAAACUCUGGAAUCGCAACUUCUGGCUUCGAUUCCAGGUCUGUCCUGCCUCACGUUGUGUAGUGUGAAAGUCUGCAGGCUCCUGACUGCUGCGGCCCUUGGCUUUUACAUGUAGAAAGUGGGAAACAGUUGGUAUACAUGCCGCAGAACUGUUGCCCUGCAAAGAGGAAACGCGGAAGACAUUUAGCUCCCAUGGUUCCUGCCGUGUUAUGUACAAUUGAUGUCAUCGUUACGAGGAGAACCGUGCCCAUGGGCCUCUGUGGUCCUUUCUCUGCCCAGGAGACUGGAGUUAAAACCCAGCAUGGUGGAUUUCCUUUCUGUUAGUACUGAAAACCCACAGGCACCUGGGACCUGGGAAUGGAGGGCCACUCACGAUUGCAAUCCUUGGGCCUUUGUAUUCAAAAGUCCCUAAAUCAUUUGGGGUCCGCUGUGAAGUCAGUUAGUAAGCACUAGUUUUUGAACACAGGUAAUGUGCAUGCAUCACUGGGCUUUUGGAUUUAGGGUGUGCCUUCUCUCUUGCAUGACUAAGCAGUGUGGUUUGCAGGGACCCCCUGGACCAGGAUGGUUACUCAUAGUUUGUAUUUUUUUUUUUUUUUUGAUGCAGAGUUUCGCUAUGUUGCCCAGGCUGGAGUGAAGGGGCGCAGUCUCAGCUCACUGCAACCUCCACCCUCUGGUUCAAGUGAUUCUCCUGCCUCAGCCUCCCGAAUAGCUGAGAUUAUAGGUGCCUGAUGCCAUGCCCAGCUAAUGUUUU